UCGCUGCUCAUCGCCGCCGUCGCUUCUCAUCGGUUUAACGGUCAGUCAUUUCUCUUCCCCUCGCGCUGCAUACUUGUCUAUAUGAAUCUGUAUAGGUGAAAUCUCAUUUAGGCUUCCAAAUCUUAUUUGCGAUUUUAUCUUGUGUGUUAGCUGAAGAAGGAACCAUGGCCACUCAAGCUGCUGCCGCCUCUUUCAAUGGCAACCUUAAGAAAGCUGUGGCAGGGAUAAAGCGAAUCAAUCUCGACGGUCUUCGUUGGCGUGUUUUUGAUGCUAAAGGCCAGGUGCUGGGGAGACUAGCAUCUCAGAUAUCAACUGUGCUUCAAGCCAAAGAUAAGCCUACUUAUUGUCCUAACCGCGACGAUGGCGAUAUUUGCAUUGUUCUCAAUGCUAAGGAUAUCGGCAUCACUGGAAGAAAGCUCACUGACAAGAUCUACCACUGGCAUACUGGGUACGUUGGACACCUCAAAGAACGGACUCUGAAAGAUCAGAUGGCCAAAGACCCCACUGAGGUCAUCCGUAAAGCUGUCUUGCGCAUGCUUCCAUCUAACAAUUUGCGUGAUGACAGAGAUCGGAAGCUGAGGAUAUUUGAAGGCAAUGAGCAUCCUUUUGGGGACAAGCCACUCGAGCCUUUCGUUAUGCCGCCUCGUACUGUGAGAGAGAUGCGACCCCGCGCUAGACGAGCAAUGAUUCGUGCCCAGAAGAAGGCAGAACAGGCAGAAAAUGGUGGAACAGAGGUUAAGAAAGGCAAGAAGAGGACUCCUCCUUCUCCUCAAGUAGCUGCCUAAGAUUAAAAAGCAUUCAGAGAGGAACUUCUAGUAGUGUGAUUCGUCUUAUAUAUAAGCAACGAUCGUCAAUAAUGCAGGCUUGUAAGGUUUUCUUGUUUCUGGAGUUCAGACAAUUUAAGCCAAACCUGUUCUUUUAUAGAAAUAUGCUGUCAUUUCUGGUUAUCUUUUCCCCUUUUCUUCGUUUCCAGAUUGAACCUUUUCACACCAGUGGCCCUGCGCGAUUACACAAGUGUCGCUAGCUUCUUCUCCCUUUCUUGUUGGUCAUUUAACUUUUGAAUUUGCGAAUAGAACAAGAUUUCAUAGAAAAAGUUGAUAAAGC